UUGUUAUAAGCAUAAAUUAUAAUUUCAGCAAGUAAUGGCAAGCAGAGAGAGUUUGAUAGACAGCCACCAUGAUGAAUGUGAAUCAGAUGAUACAAUACUCAUGUCACAGGAAUUUGGAAGUACAGCAUUGGAUUUCGUAGAAGACGACCUGCUCACCUUAAAAGAGGUUCAUGAGCAUAUGAUCAGGUCUCCGCCACCCACAAACUGCUGGCCACACGACACACUGUCGUACCGCACGGCGAGCGCGUUCGACUUCGCCGGCGACAGUCCAGUGUUUACCUCUUACUCGGUCAAUCAAGACAAGGUGUCGGAGGCGCGGUCGCCGCGGCGCGCCGGCGCGUCCCGCCCGCGCUCGUCGCGCUCGUCGCGUUCCGCCUCGCCGCGCGCGCACGACCUGGCGCUGUGCGCGCGCCCGCUGUCGCUGCCCGGUGAAAGCCACCUCCGCACAGCACUGAGUAAAAAGUCAACCCAACAGAGCGAGCGGUUUUCCCUCCUCCAACAUCCGCGGCCUCUCCGAAGACCUCACUCCCGGAAGGACGAAGACAGCGUGCAACUGGUGCAAGACUGUGAUAAGUAAUGCACUGUACAGGUUCCGUAUUCCUGAUAUCCAAGAGUUGAAGCAGUGGCAGAUGUCAAGGCAUGUUCGUAAGGUCCCUUCCAAAUUUUAGGGUCAAAAGGAGAUGGUUAUUGUGAAAAUUAAGAUCGAUAUUGUAUGGUCGAUAAUUUUUUUCCAUUGAAGGAUAUUGCGUGUAAGUAAGUCGAUUUUAAAGGUAGUAAAAUUGUUGGAUGAAGGACUAAUACCUUGGGGACUAUGGUUUUGAGUCCAAAAUAUAAGGUUCAACGCCAAUUUUAAAAUAAAUGGUGGGUCGAUUAAUGUGAAGAUUUUGUCGGGAAUAAGUAUGCUAACGUCGAUAAAUUUAUCGAUAGAUGAUGAUGAUUCGCUAGUUUACCACUUUACCAUUCAUUAAAAUUAUUGAUCCCUAAAUUUUACUCUAUACAAUCUAGGGUUCCGUAGUUUUUGGGUAAAAAAGGGUGGGUUGUCGAGAAAAUCAAAGUCUCUGUCGAUAUACGAAUAAGUUGAUAUAUGUCGAAUGAACGAUAAAGUAUUGUUUCGAAGUCCUGCGAUGACUUCGCUGGUUCAUGCUUAUACGAUACCUUAAAUUUUCCAAUCCUCAAUUUGGAUUUUCUCAAAUCUAUCCGUUACAAAUUUCGGGAUAUAAAGUUAUCUGUGAAAAUCAGUGUUAAUGUUAGAAAUGGUAAAGUCGAUAAAAAUGUCAGUAAUAUUACUACCUCAAGGUCAAUGGUAAUGCUAGAUUGUGGCUGUGCCAUGAGUAAUAAAAAUCGGCCGUUUCGAUUCCAUCAAAUCGGGAAUUAGAAAUGUUUCGUCUGAUUGAUUUGCAAUCUUAUGUAGUUCGGUUUAAUGAUUACUAUUAAAUGAUUCCUACAGAGAUAUUAGUUUCUUUGGUUGAAAAAAAAUUGCACAGGUAGUUCACAGUAGUGUUGGCCGAAAUCGGUUAAAAUUAGAACGACACUAAUCAAAGAUUAUUUAUCGAUUUUUUGUAGUUAAAUUUACUUCAAUAUUAGUUCCUCUUACAAAGCUGAGUCUUUAGAUAUCGUGUCUUAAAAUGCAAUUUAUUAGAAACGUUAAAUUAUAAGGCAGACCACAAUACAUUUUGUGGUCGAUAUCUUAAACGGUUUUAAUAUCGUGCAAAAUCUGGAUAGGGAUGUGUUUGUGUGCUGUCAAAUGUAAGCAGUCAUAUACGUUUAUCAUAGGUGUUUGUAUUCUUGUCAGUCGAUAAUUACAAUUCAUAAAACAACCCCGAUUUUUAUAAACAAUCUCAAUCGCUUUUUGUGAAUGAUCGCGAAAAUUUACCAAUAAGAAUAGUUUCUUUGACAAAUUUAUCAUUGACUUAAAUCGAUUGGUUUGUUCUUAGGUUCGACUCAAGGAUUAAGAUUGAGAUUGUUUAUUUAAAUCGGUUUGUAGGCUCUAUGGACAGAUGGCGGUCGCUUCCUUAUAAUAAUAGCCAAAGCCUUCCUUCUUCCUAUUUGUAUUGAAUUAUCGCUAGCUAUUUCAAGAAAUUGUUUUACAUUGACCGCCUUUGAUUUUUUUUAAUCCAUAGAUAUGUUAUCGAGCUUUGUUUGUCUUAAUGCGUCGAGUAUACCUCAAAUUUCUAAGUAUCAAGUAUUCAUCUCUUACAGUCGUUUUCAACAGACGAUCCCAAUCUCAACCUUUAAUCCGAUUCCGAGAAUAAAUCAAUCAAACUAACUCAUUUGUAAGCGUGUGAAAUACAUCUUUGCUCUGAUUGGUCCAUUUUUGAGAUAGAUCUGGGAUGAGAUUUUUGAGAUGGUUUAUUGAAAACGACGGUUAGUGGUUCUAUCUUAGGAAUUUGCAUGCAUGUUUAUCAAAGUUACAACUAUUUAUAUUUAUCACAGAGUUAAAUAGUUUCAUCGUCAUUCGCUAUUGGCUUCGUACGCCCAGAAAAGUUCAAAUUACUUAAUAAACUAUUUUUUUGAAAGAUUUCUUCGAUAAUUGUUAAAAUUAGUUUUAUUCCGAAUUUUAGAUGUUGGAAUUUGUACUGAAAAUUGUGUUGGCAUCGAAUUUUUUAUGCGAAUGUUUUGAACGUUCAUUGGCGUCAAUAAAAUAUAAUCAAAUUUUGUCUUUUUGGCUUAUGGUUUUAAAUGUUUUAUUUCGUUGUUAAGAGUUUUAUAACCUUAUGAAAAGUUUUUAUCGACAACUUAAUUUUUUGUUGUUUAUUUUGGAAAUGAUUAUAUUACCAAAUAAGGUACUAUAUCUGUAAUUUUAACGUAAGACUAAGAGGUUUUUGAACAACACGCGAAUUCCUAAAAAUGCUCACCGUAGUGAAUAAUGCAACAUAUAACAUUUAGCACGAAGUUGACAUUUUUAUCGAUAUUAAAUAAAGUAACUUUCUCAUUAAAUCUAGUUAAAACUUCGACAAUAAACAUUAGUAUAGAGGUUUUAAUUCAAUCAAGUAAAAUUAACCAAUUUUCUUAUCUACUGUCGAUUUUUUCAUCUUAUAAUAUUGCGACAAUAAUUAAAUGAAACCAUGAUACAAAUUAUACAGCAUACAAUCGAUUAUAAUCUUGCGAAUAUAAUUUAUCGAUAUCGAUAAAAAUGUCAAUUCGUAUCGAUUUUUGGAUUAGAUACACUGAACAUAGUAUUUGAUUAGAACGGUAUUAUAUUGUUACAAUUAAAUAAGCUUUAUUAGUAAAAUAAUAUAGUUAAUAGUGUUACACGCGAAUAGUUCUAAGAACUUGUAAAAAAAUUAAUGGUUAUCGAUUUUUAGCGAUAUUAAGGUAAAGUGAGGUAAAGGAAUUAUAUCAAAAGAGUUUUGAGUGGUACAUAACGUUUUUCGCCAUACUUAUUUUUUUGAAGGCACGGCCAAGUGACCCAACUGCACCUGAUGGUAAGUGGAGUGGGGUCUAGAUAGUGACUGAUGAGAGACUAAUUAUCCCUCGCCAGUCGACUCAACUAUGCCGGCCUAUUUGGAAAUCUUCUGUGUGUACUACAAACAUACAUAGGAGAUUUUAAUUUUAUAACGAUAUUAAAACAUUUACUUACACAACAAGAAUUCGAUUUUAAACUUGGAACAUUCGAUUUACUAAAGACUUCGUCAUAUCACACGUCAUUUUAAGGCUCAUAUUUAAUUAAAUUUAUUGUAUUUAUGUUUUCAUGAGAAUUAAGGUUUGCUUCCUUAUAGCUUGUUGUUUUAAGUUCUAAGAUGGUUAUAUAUUUUUAUAAAAACAAAUGAAGUUAUUUAAUGCUAAAGUACGCCUUCCAGGAAAUUGAUGCAGUAGCUGAAUUUGGUUUUGGAUAUUUAUACAUUGUUACCGUCACUAGUCCCUAAUAUUAUGAAGUGUCCAUCUAACUAGUUUUUAAUUUUGUGUUUGUUUACGUUUUGUGUUGGAUAUUGGAAGUAUUUACAAUCGCAUUGUGGCAGUCUUACUCAUUCUAUUUCGUUGUACGUUACUGUAAAAAUUCUUGAGUCUUAGUACUUUAUAAUUUUUUUUACAGCCUUAAUACAUUGUGUUGUGUGAAUAUAUUUUUAUGAAUAUGUUGUAAGUGAAAAUCGUUACGAAUAGCAAAUGAAAUCCAUCUGACAGUAUAUAGGAUAUUUUUUCUCGUAUCGAUAAUUUCAAAGUCGAUAUUUUGGCGAGAAUUAAUUUUGUAUGGUUACCAAUCUAUUUCAAAUUAUUGUUGUCAAUGGAAAUAAUAGCCUGUUUAUAUCUCGCUAAAGUCCUUAUUCUAUUAUAUUAAUGACAUGUUAUAUCCCGACUGUAUUUUCGGUGGUCUUUAAUUCAUCGAGCUUAGAACCUUAUUACUUUAGAAUAUUUAUUGUUCGUUUGUUAAAGUUUCGUGUGUCUAACGAAUAUUAUUGUUCUUAUAUUUGUAAAUUUGAUUGUGUUGGAACUAAUUAAGAGGACUUUAUAAUGUUAUAAAAAAUAUGUUUUUGAUAUUCAGUUUUUAUAAGUCUGUAAAAAAUUUGCCAACAUGACAUUAGUAUUUGUCUAAUAAAUAAUUAUUGAUUUUCAGGACAUUUUAUUGUUUUGUAAUGUAUUUUUAAUAUGUUUAAUUGUUAUCGCUAAUCGUAUUAAAUCGAAAAUAUAUUUAAGUUAUUGUAAAAUAAAUUAUUUUCGCUAGACAAACAGUGUUUACCCUUGUUAAUUUGUUUAUUGUUUUAUAUUAUUCUAAUCCCUAGCAAAUACUCGCUUAGUGUAAGAUUUCAAUUUGUAGGAAAUGUACCAAGAUUGUAACGUGCCACACGAUAUAUUUCUAUAAAGGAUAAAUAUAUCGAUAUCGAUAAAUAAUGACAGGUCGAUAAUUUAGAUUGAUAAAUGAUUUAAAUAUCGAUAUCGAUAAAAUAUAAAGCAAUAGUCAAGCGUGAAAACAACUGCAAGCUGUGUCAUUCCUUCCAAAAUAUUUUAAUUUAUUUUAAAAUAUUUUGUAGUGUCUUAGGUUUAGUUAGAGCAUAUUGAAAAUAUUUUUUAUCGAUUUUCGGUGUCGCGUAUUUUUAUCUCUAUUUUACGUUGGAGGUUACAAACACUUGAUAGAAAUAUGAAAAUUGAAAUAAAGAUUAAGUUAUAUGCUAUAAAUAUAUGUAAAUGUGUAUAGUUUCAAAUAGUUUUACUCUUAAUUCGAUAUUUAUGUAAUAAGUGCAAUCAUUUUUACGUUUAUGAUUCGUGCCAUUCAUUUACCAAUGUCACGGUCAGCAUAAAAAUAUAAUUUUAUCGAAGACUAUUUUAACGAUUUAAAGCUUAUUGAAUUUAAAACGACAUAAUCGCUACCACAUUUAGUUUAUUUAAUCAUAUAAUUCCUUUUAUUCUGACCGUAAUAUACCAACCAAAGAGUAGGCCAAUUGUACCGUAUUACAUGUGCGUAGGGUUAAAUGUACGGUGUUAUGCUGUGUCGCGGACAUUCGCUGGUCGAUGUAGCCGCCGUGUCUGUAUAGAGUUAAUAAAGAACUAUUACAUUUA